GGUCAAUGGCAAACUCUCUGAUAGUAAAGAGCUCCAUCUGGACCAUACUGCAGAGGCUGUGCGUUUCUUAAAUCAGCUACCUAAGGUGGGCAGUAAAAGAGUUGGUAUCAUAUCCAGAUCGAAGGCAUCAGAUAUCGCUCUUUCCCUUUCUGCUUUUGUGCCAGGGGUUGAGGCUGUGGUUUGGAUUAACGGCUGCUCCGCUAACAUAUUUUGUCCACUCUACUAUAAGAAGAGACAAAUCCUUCCUGCAUUAAUG